CCCUCGCACACACAUGCAGAGACACUCCGAGAGCGGAUACCUGCCUCUGCUUGUCUGCUGUGGACACAAGGAUUUUGGCCUUAGGGUCGCUUAAUCUUGUAGCUCGGUUCAGCUUGCCCCUUUCUUCAGUGGAGCCUGGCAAAGCCGUGGGGUGAGCGUUUCGGCAAGGUCGCCUGUCUUCAGAGUAUGAAGGACAUUGCCCGACAAGGAGAGAAGGUUAUAUUUAGUGUUUGGGCCCACUCAGUGCUGGGCUCCCUGCUGCGGCCCUUUUGCAGAACUGUCCCUGGUCCCUGGUUACAUACUCUCCGUGACAUUGAGACCCACAAGACAAAUAGUGAGAGGGUGCCCAAAAAGAAAAGAAAACGCUUUUGGGCGCUCAGGCUCCACUGCUGGAUUCUGACAGGGAUCAGAAGAGACAACGGCCAGGCGUGAGCAAGCCCAGGUACCUGCAUGUCCUUGAAGAAUGCGUUCCAGAAGCAGCCACGCUGAGGGCUCGGCCCCAGAGCAAAUCCCAAGACAUAGCAAAUUCCAGGACAGUAUCCAGGACACGAAGCACAGAGCACAAAAAAAAGACCCCUCGUGUGAGUCACAAGGGGUCCUUCCACGUCCCGUGUCAGAGGAGUCACACACUGGCAAAGGCCACCAAACAGAAGACCUCUCAAGAGAUGACUUACUAUUUCUGCUCAGCAUUCUGGAGGGAGAACUGCAGGCUCGAGAUGAAGUCAUCGGCAUUUUAAGGGCUGAAAAAAUAGACCUGGCUUUGCUAGAAGCUCAGUAUGGGUUUGUCACUCCAAAAAAGGUGUUGGAGGCUCUCCAGAGAGAUGCUUUUCAAGCAAAAUCUGGCCCAUGGCAGGAGGACAUCUAUGAGAAACCGAUGAAUGAGUUGGAUAAAGUCAUAGAAAAGCAUAAAGAAUCUCACAAGCGGAUCUUGGAACAACUCUUAAUGGUAGAAAAAUCCCACCGGCAAACCAUAAUAGAGAUGGAGGAAGAAAAGAGAAAACACAAAGAAUAUAUGGAGAAGAGUGAUGAAUUCAUAAACUUAUUGGAACAGGAAUGUGAGAGAUUAAAGAAACUAAUUGAUCAAGAAACCGAGUCCAAGGAAAAGAAGGAACAAGAAAAGGAGAAGAGGAUCAAGGCCCUGAAGGAGGAGCUGACCAAGCUGAAGUCCUUUGCUUUGAUGGUGGUGGAUGAACAACAACGGCUUACAGCUCAAUUCACCCUUCAAAGGCAGAAAAUCCAAGCUCUGACCACAAGUGCAAAGGAAACACAGGGUAAGCUAGCCCUUGCUGAGGCCAGAGCGCAGGAAGAAGAGCAGAAGGCAACCAGACUAGAAAAAGAACUUCAGACACAGACCACAGAGUUUCACCAAAACCAAGACAAAAUUAUGGCGAAGCUCACCAAUGAGGACAGUCAAAAUUGCCAGCUCCGACAGAAGCUGGCAGCACUCAGUCGGCAAAUUGAUGAGUUAGAAGAGACCAACAGGUCUUUAAGAAAAGCCGAGGAAGAGCUGCAGGAUAUAAAAGACAAAAUAAACAAGGGAGAAUAUGGAAACUCUGGCAUCAUGGAUGAAGUUGAUGAGCUCAGGAAGCGCGUGCUGGACAUGGAGGGGAAAGAUGAAGAGCUCAUAAAAAUGGAGGAGCAGUGCAGAGACCUCAAUAAGAGGCUUGAGAAAGAGACAGUACAGAGUAAAGACUUCAAGCUAGAGGUUGACAAACUGAGUGUAAGGAUCACGGCUCUGGAAAAAUUAGAAGAUGCUUUAGACAAAAGCAAACAAGAAUGCUACUCUCUGAAAUGCAAUUUAGAAAAAGAAAAGAUGACCACAAAGCAGUUGUCUGAAGAGCUGGAGAGUUUAAAUGCCAGAAUCAAAGAGCUAGAAGUCAUUGAAAGUCGGCUAGAAAAGACAGAAAGCACACUGAAGGAUGAUUUAACUAAACUGAAAACAUUAACUGUGAUGCUUGUAGAUGAACGCAAAACAAUGAGUGAAAAAUUAAAGCAAACGGAAGAUAAGUUACAAAGCACCACCUCUCAGCUCCAAGCAGAGCAAAAUAAAGUAACAACAGUGACUGAGAAGUUAAUUGAGGAAACCAAGAGGGCACUCAAGUCCAAAACUGAUGCAGAAGAGAAGAUGUACAGUGUAACCAAGGAGAGAGAUGACCUCAGAAAUAAACUGAAAGCAGAAGAGGAGAAAGGACACGAUCUCUUGUCAAAAGUUACUAUAUUGAAAAACAGGCUUCAGUCCCUGGAAGCAAUUGAGAAAGAUUUUGUAAAAAACAAAUUAAACCAAGAUUCCAGUAAGUCCACAGCAGCAUUACACCAAGAAAACAAUAAGAUUAAAGAGCUCUCUCAAGAAGUGGAAAAGCUGAAACUGAAGCUAAAGGAUAUGAAAGCCAUUGAGGAUGACCUCAUGAAAACAGAGGAUGAGUACGAGAUCUUAGAACGGAGGUAUGCUAAUGAGAGAGACAAGGCUCAGUUUCUGUCUCAGGAGCUGGAACAUGCCAAGAUGGAACUUGCCAAGUACAAGUUAGCCGAAAAGACAGAGUCCAGCCACGAGCAGUGGCUUUUUAGGAGGCUCCAGGAAGAAGAAGCGAAAUCAGGACACCUGUCCAGAGAAGUGGAUGCAUUAAAAGAGAAAAUUCAUGAGUACAUGGCCACAGAGGACCUAAUAUGUCACCUCCAGGGAGACCACUCCCUUCUGCAAAAGAAACUAAACCAACAAGAAAACAGGAACAGAGAUUUGGGAAGAGAGAUUGAGAACCUCACUAAAGAGUUAGAAAGGUAUCGGCAUUUUAGUAAGAGCCUCCGGCCUAACGUCAACGGAAGAAGAAUCUCUGACCCACAAGUAUUUUCUAAAGAAGUUCAAACGGAAGCAGCGGACAGUGAGCCACCAGACUACAAGAGCCUCGUUCCUCUGGAAAGAGCAGUGAUCAAUGGUCAGCUCUAUGAGGAGAAUGAGGACCAGGAUGACGGCCCUAAUGAGGAGGAGCCUGUGCUGUCCUUCAGAUGCAGCCAGUCUUCUUCUCUUCCUAUGAACAGGAAACUGUGGAUUCCCUGGAUGAAAUCCAAGGAGGGCCAUCCUCAGAAUGGAAAAAUACAAACUAAGUCCAAUGGCAACUUUGUGCAACCUGGAGAUCUAGUUCUAAGUCACACACCUGGGCAGCCACUUCACAUAAAGGUUACUCCAGACCACACUCAAAAUACAGCUACUCUUGAAAUCACAAGUCCAACCACAGAGAGCCCUCACUCCUACACCAGCACAGCGGUGAUACCAAACUGUGGUACCCCAAAGCAAAGGAUUACCAUUCUCCAAAACGCCUCUAUAACGCCAGUUAAGUCCAAAAGCUCUACAGAAAGCCUUAUGAACUUAGAGCAAAGCAUGCCACCAGUUACCAUGGCAACCUUUGCCAGAGCACAGACCCCAGAGUCCUGUGGUUCUGUGACUCCAGAAAGGACAAUGUCACCUAUUCAGGUUUUGGCUAUGACUGGUUCACCUAGUUCUCCUGAGCAAGGCUGCUCCCCAGAGCCGAUAGAAAUCAGCGCCAAGCAUGCAAUUUUCAGAGUCUCCCCAGACCGGCAGUCAUCAUGGCAGUUUCAACGUUCAAACAGUAACAGCUCAAGUGUGAUAACUACUGAGGAUAAUAAAAUCCACAUUCACUUAGGAAGUCCUUACAUGCAAGCUGUGGCUGGCCCCAUGAGACCCACCAGCCCUUCAGCACCACUGCAGGAUAACAGAACUCAAGGCUUAACUAAUGGGGCACUAAACAAAACAACCAAUAAAGUCACCAGCAGUAUUACUAUCACACCAACAGCCACACCUCUUCCUCGACAAUCACAAAUUACAAUCAAGGGAGUAUGCAAGCAGAGAAUUCCAUCAAGGAUCCCUAAACCCAAAUCUACAGGCUUCAGUAGACUUUGCACCAAAACACCCUUGGGACCUGUGGAUAAGUCUAGUCAUCAAAAUGACUGCGAGAAAUUACACAUCAUAAGAACUGUCACCUCUAACACUUUCCUCCACAUAAAAGGGAAAAGAGGUCUGAACUGAGUUCCUAGUUACUACCUACAAUCAGAAGGACAGCAAGGAACAGCCUGAGACAAA